AUGUCUUGCAGCGUCUCCAACCAGGCGCAGUGGGGAUCACGCGAUCCUCAUCCUGGAAGCGUCUCCAACCAGGCGCAGUGGGGAUCACGCGAUCCUCAUCCUGGAAGGCACUUCGAUGCACCAUACGAAAACGCUUUGGACGGAUUUUUCGGGAAGGUGGAGCCACCGGCCUCGUUCGUUUCGUCGAGGUCACUCAGGCUACGAUUGGAACACGUAGAGCCAGGCGAAGAAGCAAAGGAACUCGAGGAAAGCUCAAGUUGCGAAGGCUCUCAGACAAUCGAAGUCCAGUCGCAAUGUACCCAGCAUCCAGACGACAUCACACCCACUGGGUCUGCUGUGUGGAGUACUGGUAACGAGCUUGAUCGUUGGGAGCUGAUAGCCAACGAACCGAACCAGCGUGAUUCUUCCUAA